AUGAAGGAGAACUUUCCACAAAUUGUUUCUCGCUUUUGGUUCCAGUGCCGGACUAUAGACCUCGAGGACAUUAAGCCUUUCCGUGUCAUUCGGGAAAAACGCUUCAGCAAAGAAAUGCCGUCCUCUAUAGGUGCCGUGGUAGAUGACAAAGUCGGCGUCGGCCGCGAGGUGAACAGGUUCGAUUCGGACCCCGAUAUUGGCUGCAUUCCAGCACUUCGCAGCAAUCCAAAGAUGCAAUGCGCCGAAGUUUGCGUCUUCUUGGGACUGGUACCCCAUUCGCCACGCAGCAAAUUUGAUCACGGAACCUGGUCUCCAACGUGGGAUUACAUCCCGUAA